AUGGGCGCCAGGAUUGCCCCAGAAGGGGGCGGGGCUCAGAGGCGGGGCCCUCCCAGUGGGAAGGGCCGGGGCCUGAGCCGGGAGGGCCAGGGUGGACCCUCUGUGCCUGGGGCUGCUGACCAGGCCCAGGGCCAGGAGGGCGGGGUGUCGGGUGGGGCCCCACCGGGAGGGAAAUGGGAGGGCCCAGGGGUUGACGGUGAGCUCAGCCAGCGCGGCAUCCACAGCCCUCGCUCCGCUCGGCCCCUGGCCCGCAGGACUGGCUGGGCAGCAACUCUCAGGGCCUCACCCGCGGGCGGCAUCCUGCCCAGCUGGGCCCCGGCUGCCUCCUGCUUCUGUCCGCGAACCUCAGCCCGGCCCCAGCCCAGCAGCCGCCCUGGCCCGGCGCACCCCGGCCACCGCGUCUCCCCGGGUGUCCGAGCCUCCUCCCCAGACACAGGAAGGCAGCCUGCCCGCCCGGCCUGCCCCCACUCCCGGCUCCAGCUUCCUCGAGCACUGGGCACCGGGACGCACUUGGGAACGUGGUCCCGAUUCCCACCGUUCCCUGAAGUCCACGAGAAGGCCCCAGGCCCAGGAGCAGGCUGGUCUAGAGCCCUCCCAGCGCUCUACGCCAGGGGCAGGUUCUGGCCCAGUCUGUCCCUGCUCGCGUUCCAAGGGAACCUAGUUAGUUCUUUUCCUCCGGAAAUAGACCCGCUUGAAGGGCUGAAUUCCGACUUUCACGAGCAGCCGCCAGGGGGCGCCCGCGGAGCCCCGCUAGCUGCCUCGGAGGCUUUCAGGGUGGGAGAGCGCGGAGCUGCCGGAACGCGCCGAGGGCCUCCAGACACCGCAGAGACUCCUCCGUUCUUCAGGCUCCUCCUGGGAAGGGCCAGCAUGGAGCCCCCAGAUGCUCUCCCCCGGCCCCUCUGGUCUUCAGGCACGGGCUUUCCCAGGACGAAAGUCCGCACACCCCGCCCCUUCCCUCACAGAGGUCAAGCCCAGACCCCGGCCGCCGGCAACCAGUCCAAGCGGCUCUCCGGGGGCCUAGUUCCCCCCACUCCCCGACGCCCCUGA